UUCGGAAACAAUAGAUGCUGAUAAGCCAUGCACUUUACUCAUAUAAUGCCACUGCAAUAGUUAAUGCUAGUUGAUCAAUUGCAACGAUGAGUGCCAGACGCAGUAGCAGCAGCGGCAGCAACAACAUUAUUUGCCAAGUGCGUUGUGGCAUCUGCUUGGAACAUUACACGGCCACAGAUAUCGUCCUGGCUGCCAAAUGUGGACACCUUGUUCACGGCACUUGCCUCAAUGAGUGGCAAAAACAGUCAAGGGAUUGCCCUAUUUGCCGCAAGAGAAAUGACGAUUAUUUCCAAAUCUAUUUGGACAUGGACGCAACUCCCUCACCUUCAAGCCGGACGCAGAGCUAUAGACAAAGCCAAGGCCAAGGCCAAAGACAGAGCCAAAGUCUGCACCAAGUUCCUAGCAGCCACAAUCGAAGGCAGACCCAAUGUCACCAUCACAACCAAUGUCAACCUCGAUUUCGAUUUCCGGACUCCGACGACGAUGAGGAUGAACACCAUUCGUAUGAGAAUAUGAUACUGCAACAAACCCUUUUCCGAUCCGAGAUAGAGUAUUUGAACACUCGCUUUCGGAAUUUUACGUCGAUGUUUGAUGACUCCGAUUAGUUUCAUUUCAUAUUAACAAACCAAAUGUGUAUAUGUAUGUCGGGUUAUUAUUAUUUUCUUCCAAAUUAUAUUACGCGGAUUGUAUACGGCGAAUAAACUUGAUCACGCCACUGCCAACUUAGAAGUGUUCGCCAACCUUUUUGCAUACCGAAAAUGCUCUUCAGAAAAGCUGCAACGAACAUACUUCUAUCUCUGUCUCUCGCAGUGGCUCAAGCAUACACGCACAACAAUCGUAGUGUGUAUCUCUCUUUCGAACCUCUAUCCUCACGCAACAUCUCUCUCUCUCAUGUUCGCAUCGAACUAUCCUGACCAUCUGGCGAAUAGAAGGAUCAAAGCGUACUAACAAACAACCGUUAUAGUGUAGAGACAAGAAAUGUCACUUGGUACGCGUAUUUGAUUUAAGUCUUUUACACUGACUACCAUAAUUUAAGAUCCGACAUAUAUUUAUACACACAUACAUAUACAAUAUGUAAAAUAAAUAAUUGGGAAUUCCGGAAUAUCGCACAAAGCUAACAAAAGUCAAGAAUAUUUAUUUUGUUGACACUUAACAUUUCCUAAAUGUUAUGCGAAACUUAAAUAAGUAGACUUAAUAAAUAUGUUAAUAAAU